AUGAACCCCAACCUCGACCGCUCAGUUCUCGAGGUCAAUCUAGCGAUUAAAGGGCCGGCGCGCCUCCAGCCGCAGACCAUGGCAGACGACCAGCUUAUCCUUCCCAUCAUCGACUCCCACAUCCAUCUCUACCCCGAGUCCGAAACCGACUCGCUCGCCUGGUACGACGCCGAGCAUCCUCUCGCCGGUCAGCACUCCCUCGACGAGUACCGCGCCGCCGCCAAGUCGGCCCCUUCACUCCUCGGUUUUGUCGCCAUCGAGGCCGACCGCAAGCACGACCUCGAUGCCGGCGCCCGCGACGGUUCCGGCUGGAAACUGCCCCUAGACGAAGUCCGCUGGCUGAAGCGAGUGGCCCUCGGCCGGCCCAAGGAAGGCGAGGGCCACGCGGCCGACGAUGCGAAGCUGUGCCUCGCCAUCAUCCCCUGGGCACCGCUGCCCAGCGGCCCCGCCGUCAUGGCUCGCUACCUCGACGCCGUCAAGGAGGCCGCCGGCGACUCCUGGCCCAAGAUCAAGGGCUUCCGCUAUCUUCUCCAGGACAAGCCGCACGGGACGAUGCUGACCCGGGACUUCGUCGAUAGCCUGAAGCUCCUCGGCAAGAAAGGCUUCGUCUUCGACGUCGGCAUCGACCACCACAGCCGGGGGAAGAAGCAGCUAGACGAGGUCGUCGAGAUGGUCGGCCGCGCUCACGAGGGCGUCCCCGAGGACGAAAAGGUCACCUUCAUCCUGAACCACCUCUGCAAGCCCGAUCUCACCAUCUACAACGUCACAUCCGAUCCCUCUUUCCACGCCUGGCGCACCGCCAUGUACACCCUCAGCAAGGCUUCCCACACCUACAUGAAGCUCUCCGGCGCCUUUGCCGAGAUGCCCGAUUCUCUACGUACCCAACCGGCCGCUCACAUCUUCCAGGCGACGCUCGCCUGGCUCGGCAUCAUCCUCGCCACCUUUGGCCCCUCGCGCAUCAUGUUCGGCAGCGACUGGCCCGUCUGCGGCGCUCACGCCCUCGGGGAUGGAGAGGAAGCCUGGCCCAAGUGGAAAGAGGUCGUCGACAAGAUGUGCUGGAUGGCAACGCUGGGUGAUGAGGAAAGGGCCAUGAUCUUCGGGGGAACUGCCAAGAAAGCGUACCGCUUGUGA